AUAAGUUUUUCAACUGGCAGAAUAAUGAGGAGUUAUGCUAUCCUAUUUUUAGUAUUGUGAAGGUUAGUGCUGUAAAACACUAUAUUUGACUAUUGGAUAAAAAACUGUGCCUGUAAAAGUACAAAGAAAAAUGGCGAACGAUUCAAAAUCAGGCGUAAUGUCAAAUCUGGACAAGACCAUGACAGAAACUUACAAACUUUUCUGUAAAUACGAUCGGGACAACAGCGAAACAUUGGAGGUGUCAGAGCUAUUUUUGUUACUUCAGGACUGCAAGAUUCCAACCAGCGAGGCAGAGGUCAAAAAAUGCCUGAAAGCCAUGGACACCAAUGGGGACGGAGUUAUGGACUUUAUGGAAUUCAUGACCUUUCUUGGAAUGAUAUACAUGAUACGGUUAUCGAACAAAACAGCCAUCGCGAAAGAAAUCAAGAAUAAAGCGAAACCCCCUCCACCGAUAAGAAAAAGCAGCUUGUACUGAAAAAACAUUUACCGAAAAUAUUUGCAUUUUAGUGACCGUUCUGCCAAAAUCCCCGUUUUUUUUAUUAAAUUAAAGAGUUUUUCCUUUUAUUUUAUUUGAAAGCAGAACAAAAACAUGCAUAAAAUUAAUACCAGAAUAAGAAAACUAAAUCACAACAUCUUACUGGUUCAUGAACCAAACAAAAUAAUGUUUGAAGCAACAUAUAUCGUUAAUACAGAAUCUUAUACAAACCUCA